GCUCGAUCCCGGUUUCAGUGCCGCGGGCGGCGAGCGCGCUCUUCCCGGCGGUCGCGCAGGUGUAAAAAUUGCAAAUGUCGUCAAAUGGCGGAAGAUCCAGGAAUAGGGACAGGCAUUACGACGAGGUCCCGCAGGAAUUGCCCUAUCAAGAUGGCACCAUAAGAACCCUCCAGACACUUCAUGACAGUGAGCUGGCUGUGAGCGCUGAUCCUUUGCCACCGCCCCCUCUCCCAUUACAGCCGCCAUUCGGCCCAGUGUUCUACUCAGAUGACACAGAGGAGCCAGCCAUAGCACCAGAUCUCAAACCUGUAAGGCGCUUUGUCCCUGACUCCUGGAAGAACUUCUUUAGAGGGAAAAAAAAAGACCCAGAAUGGGAUAAGCCCGUGUCUGACAUCAGGUACAUCUCCGAUGGAGUGGAAUGUUCGCCUCCUGCCUCUCCGGCAAGACUAAACCACCGUUCUCCUCCCGCCUCUUGCAAAGAUCCUUAUGGAGAAUCAGAAGGAGCCUUUACUUGUAGGAAAGAGGCCAUGUUUCCCCAGGAUGCCUAUGGAUCUCUAGAUCGACAUACACAAACUGUCCGAACAUACAGUGAGAAGGUGGAGGAGUAUAACCUAAAGUAUUCCUACAUGAAGUCGUGGGCAGGCCUGCUGAGAAUUCUGGGAGUGGCGGAGCUGCUUUUGGGGGCUGGUGUCUUUGCGUGUGUCACUGCUUACAUUCACAAAGACAGCGAGUGGUAUAACUUGUUUGGGUAUUCCCCAUCCUAUGGCAUGGGAGGCAGCGGCUUGGGCAGUAUGUAUGGUGGCUAUUACUACACUGGCCCCAAAACCCCUUUUGUACUCGUGGUUGCGGGAUUAGCUUGGAUCGCCUCCAUCAUUCUUCUAGUGCUUGGCAUGUCCAUGUAUUAUCGGACGAUUCUUCUGGACUCUAAUUGGUGGCCCCUCACCGAAUUUGGAAUUAACAUUGCCUUGUUUAUUUUGUAUAUGGCUGCAGCCAUAGUCUAUGUGAAUGACACCAACCGUGGUGGCCUCUGCUACUAUCCGUUAUUUAAUACACCAGUGAACGCCGUGUUCUGCCGGGUGGAAGGAGGACAGAUAGCGGCGAUGAUCUUCCUGUUUGUCACCAUGAUUGUCUAUCUCAUCAGUGGUUUGGUUUGCCUGAAGUUGUGGCGGCAUGAGGCCGCCCGGAGACACAGGGAAUACAUGGAACAGCAGGAGAUAAGUGAGGCAUCAUUGUCAUCCAAAAGGAAAAUGUGUGAAAUUGCUACCAAUGGUGACAGACAAAGAGACCAAGAAGUUCAUUUCAGAGACUUGAGACCAAAAAUGAAACCUGAACUACUGAGUGGACCCAUCCCUCCAGGCCACAUUCCCAAACCCAUAGUAAUGCCCGACUACGUGGCAAAAUAUCCUGUAAUACAGUCAAGUGAUGAACGAGAACGCUAUAAAGCUGUGUUCCAAGACCAGUUUUCAGAGUACAAAGAGCUCUCUGCUGAAGUUCAGGCCGUCUUGAGGAAGUUUGAUGAAUUGGACGCUGUGAUGAGCAGAUUGCCACUUCGUGCGGAAAACCAGCAGGAACAUGAGAGAAUUUCAAGAAUCCAUGAAGAGUUUAAGAAAAAGAAGAAUGAUCCCACAUUUCUGGAAAAAAAAGAACGUUGUGAUUAUCUAAAGAAUAAACUUUCUCACAUAAAACAAAGAAUUCAAGAAUAUGAUAAGGUGAUGAAUUGGGAUAUACAAGGUUUUUCUUAAACUUUACUUGAAACUACUUUUUUAU